ACUCCCGCUGUCAGGAGAACUGGCUGCUGACCGCCUCACAACAGCAUCAAUCUACUUGCAUUGGGUUUGCACUCACUGGCAGAUGCUGCUAGUAUCGUGUGCUGCAGCCGGGCUCGUUGCGUAAUGAUCGGCGUUCGGUUGUGAAUUGGAGCCGCUGGAGUUCAGCGCAGCGACGCGACUUCUUUCGUCAGAGCGGCACCUUCCUCACUCACUCGGUAUGGACUCCAGUCAGCUGUCCACAUAUGCGGAACCUGCAACCUCUGUAGGAGCAAUCCCUGGAGAAAAUGGUGCCGCCUUGUCAUUGUGUGAGGUGUGUAACCUGCAGCUGACCUCUGCCGCUCAGGCUCGUCUCCACUACAAUGGACGAUCUCACCUGCGCAGAGUAAGACAGCUUAAGGCCAGUGGGACAGGACACCAGGCGUCAGGAAGCACAGGUGCACCGAUUGGAGAAGCUCUACCAGAGGCAAUGUGCACCACUGGGAGUUCUUCUGGGCUGUUGAAACCAUUUUUGUCCUUUCCAAGAGCAAGCUCAUCUCCAGGAGGACCCUUCCCAAACUACCACUUGAUGGAUCCUGUGCAGAAGGCCAUCAUCAAUCACACCUUUGGUGUUACUGUGGAGCCUAAGAAGAAGCAGACCAUUUCCUGCUGUGUCUGCCAGCUCAGGUUCAAUUCAGAUUCCCAGGCUGAUGCUCAUUACCGUGGCAGUCGUCAUGCAAAGAAGCUGAGGUGUCAGGAUAAUAAAAUCAAGCCGACAGUCUUGCGAGACAGCAAUGGAUGCAGCUCCGACGCCACCGGUCCAACCCCCCCAGACUCUGAACUGAAAUCCUCCCUGCUCCCUUCUCACUCUCCCCCUUCAUCAUCCUUGCCAUCCCCUUCCAGCAAAGAAGAAAGCACCCCUGCUGCUCUCCCCACUUCCAUUUUCUCCUCCACAUCCUCCUCCCCUCCCUCAGCACCCCACAUCGCUCCUGCUCCACAUGAAGAUCAUACCCCUUCAGCCGAGUCAGAAGAGGAGAAGGCCAAGAAACUGCUCUACUGCUCCCUCUGUAAAGUGGCUGUUAACUCUCUGUCUCAGCUGGAGGCUCAUAAUGCAGGUUCCAAGCACAAAACUAUGCUGGAUGCUCGAAGUGGCGCUGGUCCGAUCAAGGCCUACCCUCGACCUGGUGCCAAACAGAAAAACACCAACAACUCAGUGGUGAAGGGAUCAGGCCUCCAUAACAAAACCUUCCACUGUCAGAUCUGUGACGUCCAUGUGAACUCUGAGAUCCAACUCAAACAGCAUAUCUCCAGCAGGAGGCACAAGGAUCGAGUGGCAGGGAAACCCAGCAAGCCCAAGUACAGUCCCUAUGCCAAGCAGCAGCGUGGCGUCGCUUCUGAGCCUGUCACCCCCCAAAGGUCCUCCAGCUCAACCUCCCUUCUCUCGGCUCCAUCCACGCCACUUCUCCCUACCAUUUCGCUCCAGCCUUACUCUUGCUCUUCCAUCCGCGUUUUUACUGCCUCAAUCCUGCAACCUGCUCCCGGACGGAUGAGAACAAGCCAAGAAUCGAUUCUUUUCACUCCUUAUUGAUGAGGUUAUUUGGAAACCAAGGUGUGAUACCAAGAGAGGUCACAAACAGCGGCGUGGACAGUGGACUGUUUUAUGCAAAAAAAAAAGUUUUCAAAAAUGCAAACAGGGCUCUGUAUUUUUUUCCUCAUAUUAUAUAUUCAUUUUUUACUGGAAGCAAUAAAAGUUAUUUGGGACCAUUGUUUUCCAUUAUGAUAUUGCAAGACGCUGGGUUCAACCAACUCAUCCUAUGUUGAGCUGACGGUGGUGGUGAAUGAAGGACACAGACACACUAAUUCAGUUGAAGUCUAAUACAUCAGGGGAAAUCAAACUAAAGAGCAACUCAAUUUUUUUGUCGUCACACUGUCAUUGGUCAAACAUCAAAACAAUAUGGCCACGCAUGUAAACCAAGAUUUGGUGGACGACACCAAAGAUGGAACUAGCACCUGCAAAAACAUCCGCCGUCUUCCCAAACUCCAUCGUUUGAGAUAAGGCUUGUGUGGAGGUAAGUCAGGCAGUAAUUGAACAUUGUAAAAAUAAUGAAGCUACAUUUGAGAUAAGUGCUGUAGAUGAUAACUGACCACAUCAGAAACAAUAACAGGGCUGCGAAGACUAAAGAGUCAUGAAAUCAUAGUCUGCAGUGUCAUGUCCCCCCACAACAAUGAGUGUUGGAGGUGUGAAUUCAGAUCAGUGAACAGAGAAAUGCCAGGGCCUUGGGGAGUCACUGACCAGCAAAAUAAACAGGAUUUUGGAGAGCUAAACAUGCAUGAAUGAGCCACUCAUAUGAUUCACGUCAUCAAUUCACACUAUUUUUUUUUUUUAAUUCAAACAAUUUAUUAAGAAAAGUGCAAAUUCUGUUGAGAUCAGGAGAUCAGCUAAUGUGUAAUUUCAGUUUACCUCACAGUUCGAAAUAAUGAGACUGUCAUUUUACUGUGAGGUAAUGAAUAAAGCUGGGACUUUAAUAGAUGAAUUUAAAAUAAUUAUUUACUAGUGAAUGGAUGCAAUUAAUAGUUAAUUUGUGAAUCAACUUUCUUAUGCAGGGGACCUCUUUCAGUGAACCACUUUUCAGGUGCACCACAUUAUACAGAGUGAUUUCAUAACCAUGAAUGGAAAAAUCAUCAGGAUAGAAGCACAAUCUACUGUGUUGUUUUGUGCGGUUCAUGCAGCAAAUAGUUCACACAUCACUGGAGCACCUCCACUCUGACGCUUAUGUUGUACAGAUUCAUCAAAAGCCUGAUCAUUCUGGCGUUAAAUGUUACAAUGAGUCACGAUUCAUUCAUGUAAAUGUGACACCAAACAGCCUUGGACACAAGCACACACCUAAUAAUGUUUUAUUUCAUGUUUCCAACCUGGAAAGUAAUCUCCUCAGUAAAGCAUCCAAAACUAGAGCAGGGUGUUGCUGAAUAUCAUUUAUCAAUAGUGGAUGAGAACCUUUCACAUUUCAACAACUUAGGCAUCCAAUGGUACCUGUUUUUCCUACCGUAUGUUUUUGAUACCCUCUUCGACACUGAAGGAGUGUUUUUAGUUCUUCUGUUUUCCAGUUCGCAGUAACACACCAAAAACAAAGCACCCAAUCUAAUAGUUGUUUCUGUCUUUCAUCCGACACUAGAUCAAGACAAUGCACUGGUCAACCAGCAGGUGGCAGUGUGGUCUUUUCUGAGUUUCAGAUAUCCACAGGCAGGCGAUGCCAGAGUUGCUACUAUGUGUCCUGACAGAGUGACCCCGACUUGGGCCCUACAAGGAUCCACAAUGAUCUGAGGGUCCUGAAUGCCUGGGAGGUGGUCUGCAUUUCUAAAAUGGAUUUAGCACAAUCCAUUCUGAAGUGGCUUCUACAGAGUGCAGAGAAUUGGUCCUACCUUGGGGAGAGUUGUUUUUAAUAAAACUAAUGUGAAUGAAAAAUGUGAGUGAACCAACAGACUUCGUUCAACGGAAUCACUUUACAUUGCAGGGACAUUCUGAUAUGACUAGCAUCCAUGAAUGAACUUCUUUUGAAUGAAGUCAAAUGUUUCUUUUUUUCCUUGUGAUGAUUGUCCGCGGCAACAAUUGCGUUUGCCCAGUCCUCCGUCACAUCCCACAUCUGAGUCACUCCAUUGUGUGUCCUACUUACAGGUGCUGCGUGCCAUAGGUUGUGGUGCAUGUCCCACCUGAGAGACAGAGAGAAAAGCAAUACAAUACAUUCACCUGAGCUUAGCCUGGUUCUGUAUCAUCGAGGGAUGUUUUACAGACAAGAGAAGUACUACAACAUUGAACUAUGAAAAUAUGCAUUCAUUAUUGUUUGUGGAGUUCUCAUUCUUUGACUCAAACAGAUCAUAUGAAUUAAAUACCAGCCUACCGCUGUAUAACCACUUUUAUACAGGGAAAAAUAAAUUAGAACAAAAAAAAAUUUCCACUGACGUUUGACGCCAGACCGAUAUCGACUCGCCAAUUUCGGAUCCAAAACGGAUCGUCUCGACUCGCUGGUAGCUGACGACAGUCUGUGCAUCAUACUAGCAAAACUAUCCUCAAUCGAACAUUUAUUUUUCUUGUUGCUUGCGGCUUUGACGUUAGGAGUGUUGUGUGCGCAUGCGCAUUGCACUGCGGCCUACAUCUGUUGUUUUGAAUUGUGGUGCAAGAGGAAUCACUCAAAGAAAAAUCAUAGACGUAAGCAUGGAAGAAUCGGAAUUACCACCUAGUAAGAAGAGAAGA